UUUCCCAAGACACAAGCAACUUUGUGGCUUCCAACUCCGGGAGAGUCCUUUAAUAGUUUUCUGUCAUCGCUUCGUCGUAAAAUUUAACCGACAAACUUCGUCGGUAGAAACGCCAGUACAUGAAGAGGAUUUAGAGAAAGAACAAAUUGGGUAACACUGCGUCGAACGAAGCUAACUGUUGAGCACCAGUGCUGGUGUGACAGCAGACUCGGCUCUCCAUCUGGCCUGGGUUGGAGAUGGGGGACCCGGAGCCUCCAGAGUUUGGGUCCCUGGAGGAAGAGCUGGAGUACUGGAAAGAACAGGCUGCCAGGCACCAACAGAGUGCAGAGGAAGCCCAGGAGGAGCUGCAGGAGUUCCAGCAGAUGAGUCGGGACUACGAGGUGGAGCUGGAGACGGAGCUGAAACAGUGUGAGGCACGAAACCGCGAGCUACUCGCUGCCAACAACCGCCUGCGGAUGGAACUGGAAAGCUACAAGGAGAAGUACGAGACGCAGCACUCUGAGGCCUACCGGCAGAUCUCCAGCCUGGAGGGAGACCUGGCUGAGACCACGGCGAUCAGAGACCAGCUUCACAAAUACAUCAGAGAGCUGGAGCAGGCCAACGACGACCUGGAGAGGACCAAGAGGGUCACCAUCAUGUCCCUGGAGGACUUCGAGCAGAGGAUGAACCAGGUCAUAGAGAGGAACGCCUUCCUGGAGAGCGAGCUGGACGAGAAGGAGAAUCUGCUGGAGUCCGUCCAGAGGCUGAAGGACGAGGCCAGAGACCUGAGGCAGGAGCUCGCGGUGCAGCAGAAGCAGCAGGUACAGGACAGGAAGCCGUCCCUCAGCAGCGCAGUCAAAGAGCCUUCCUCCUCCUCCUCAUCCUUGGCCGGUUUGCCCACCCCGCCCCUCACCCCCCCGGACAAAAGAACGGAGGACAAAAGCACGUCGUCCUCCUCUAACCAGCCGGCCCCCUCUGCCACCACACCAUCCAGACCUCCGGCCCCAGCAGAGUCCUUCACCGCCCCGCUGCCCCCCAUCAGCAGAGUGUCGUCUUACUGUCCCGCUGCCAAAGUCCAAAUUGUGGAGCUCCUCUGGAUCUGGAUCUGGAUCUGGAUCACUGCACUCACAGGGUUUUGCCUCUCAUCAACACACUACAGGCUACCUUAUUUUAGACUGCAGGCACGUUACACCAGCUUCUGCCUUCUCACAAACAUUCUCGAGUUUCAGCUUUUCAGAUGUGAGGAUUUGCUGAACUUUUCCUGUUUUACGUCAUUAGAAACUUCUGUGCAUUCAUCAGAUGUUCUGUCUGCAGGUGAAAGCCUCUCGGGGACUCCUCUCACCACGUCGGCGAGAAUCUCGGCUCUGAACAUCGUCGGAGAGCUGCUGAGGAAAGUCGGGAACCUGGAGUCCAAGCUGGCGUCGUGUCGGGAGUACGUCAACGAGCAGACGGGGAACCGCAGAGGCCACGCCGGUGGACAGGGGGCGGCGUCGGGCCAGAGCGGCUCGUCAGAGACCCAUCCUACUAACGGCCUCUACAACAAGGGGCUGGUGAAGAGGUUAGACUUCGGAGCAGGACCCAAGCUGCUGCUGUGAAAGUGAAACAUCCUCCACUUCCAUCCCGAAUCCUCCUCCGAGCUGCCCGCUCCUUCCCGCCCUCCGGCCUGGAUCUCCCAAACCUUUAACGGUACUGUGUGCUGCACGUCAUACAGACCGCCCUCACUGGGAGCGGCAGUGAUGAAAUGGAUGGAUACGUUGCUAUGGAUACUUUGGGAUGUAACCAGCUCAACUGUGCACAGUUUUUGGUUUGUUUAUUAGCGGGACUUCGUUUCGGCACUCGCACUUAGCUUGAAUAAUUUCCUGGACUCGUGCUGCACGUCACCACCUCACCUCCUUCGUCUUCGUUUGCGAAGUGUCUUUUUUUUUUUUCUUUUUGCUCAGAAGGUGUGUCAAACCGAACAUGAAGUGAAUUGUGGAGACACACACGGUCAAUGCACUUAUCCUCAUCCUCACUCUAAUGCAUGACAGAAUUUCCCAGGCUGAACUAUAGCAGAGGAUGAAUUUCUAAAAGGAAACCCUGCAUGACGUACAGACACAGCAGGAGCAGAGAGGGCCACGUUUACACUUUCAGCUGUUCUGUACUUUGGUUUUCAUCAUUUUAACAGUUUAAUUCCAACAACUAUCCACAACCCGACAGUUUUAGCUCUUCAUCACUCAGAGGUGGUUUGAACAAAAGGAGCUCACCUCGAAUGUUUCAUGGAUGCUUUUACGUUUUGCUCUCUAUAUAUCGGGUCACUCUCCGAUUCCGUCCAACAUGCACGAAGUGACUCAGAGUGAGUGGGGUCAAUCGGUGUGGAGGAAAACGGGAGACGCGUCCAGGUCUGAGCUGCAGGCCUCGUGCACGGACAUGAAACCAGCACCUGCUGUGUCUGAGCCGCUUCAGUGAACAAACCAAAGUGGAAAUUGGCUUCAUGUUUAGUUUGAACACACCUGAAGAGCGUUGGAGUGCUGAUCACUGGAAGGGUACUUUCAUCUACACGGGGGGCUCUUUGUCUCUAAAUGUGCAUCGACUUCAUAAAGCUCAGUGUCCGCUGGUGGUCUGCUUUUACACAGUUUGACUCUGCAUAAUCUGUUGCAACAACAAAGUGCUGCUAAUCCCAGAGAGAAUAGAAGAAACAGAUUUAAAGGGACAUUUUAGUCCUGAUAUUUUAGUGUCUUUAGAUUAUUACAGAUUAAUUAGUUUCUUAACCAUAGACAUCAGAAAAAUAUGGAUUUGUUGUCCGUGUCAUCUCCCAUAAUUAUCUGAAGGCCUGAUUUGAAAAUGUGGAGUUUAGAUUUGCUGUUUACUGGAGUCACAAACUCAACUAAGGUCAAAGAACUCUUCUUUAGCCCGUUAACGUCCGAGCUGGAAGCAGCGUUUCACCCUGAAUGUGUCUGCUUCUUCUUAGCUUUUCCCUCGUUGUGCUGAGGUUGUCAUCAGGGAAUGAGAUAAAAUAGAAUUUAAUUAAUCCCAAAAUAAAUUCUCAUGGUGAUUACUUCCAUUUGAUGGGGUCUGUAUCCAUGAACACACGGCAGACCAGGCCCUCACCGCUCAGCUUUCAGCACUUUGUUCUGCUCACUUACUUCCUGAUCACACUCAUGACCCCGUGACCUUUCCUUUAGCGCCACCCUCAGGACAAACUGCACACUUCAUUAGACUCUCAGAGGAGAAAAUCGUCAGUCUGUUGUUGGUUCUGUCCAACACUUGAUGAAAUUUGAGCCUUUUCGCCUCGUUGCAGUGUCGCACCAUGAGUCGAGGAGGCACCUUUUAGAAGUAAACGAAUCCCUCUGCAGAGCUCGACUUCUGUCUGUGCAGGAGUGAAAUAGGAAACGUCUUCUGUUAGCGAGGAGACGUGAGUACUUCAGUGAAGGCUACUCGUGUUUUAUGUUAAAAAGAGAGUAUGGAAUAGCUUGACUUGUAGUGUUAUAUACUGUACCUCUACUGUAGGGUCACUAACAUAGGUCUGUAGGCAGAGUUGACUUACAAUUAGCUGCUCAGGGCGAGUGUAAAGCAGCAGCAGACUGGACCUUUAAGUGAAGGUCAAAGGUCAGUGUGUAAGAGCAGAUGUGGGAAAUUAUGACGCAUGGUGUUUUUCUGCCUUAUGGGACUUUAUUGCUCACUUUCAAAGUGCUCAGACCUGCUCUGCUCUUUGUUCACCUUCAGUGCUGCUUAUGUUUCUGAAAACGCAAUAAAACUUGAAAUGUAAAAAUAAAAAAAAAUGUUGAUUUUAUUUCCUCUGGAAGAACUGAGGCGAGACAUCAGGGAGGAUUUAGUAGCAGUUUAAUAGCACGUCACUGGUUCACAAAGCAGAAAGUCCUGCAUCACAGCAGCCUCUCGUUUCUGAUGGUUACAUGUGUGUAAAUGUGAGGGUUAAAUCACUCAACCAGGAAUAUACAGCAGUUUGGUUACACAUGGUUUUACAUUCAGUUUCCAAAUAAACAGAUUCUCUCUAAAAUAUUCUAAAAACCCCAAAGAGGAAGUGCAUACAGGGUAGAACGAGCCCCAGUUUCAUGAGCAAACCAUCUCGUUUUCCAAAAAAUAAACCCAGACGGUCGUUUGACAAAACUUCCUGCUGCUCUGGAGGCGUUUCCAGAAUCCUUAAAUCUCCUCUGUUUGGUUUAAAAGUGUUGAAUCUGCUGCAUGAUUCAAAGACUGCUCACCUGCUUCAUGAGCUGCAGCUGACAGCAGGCACAAACAACGUGUUGGUGCUCUAUUUUUACAACAUAAUCACAAUAUAUUGAUAUAUAUAUUGGUGUUUCUUUCCAAUUUCCAAAAAGGAGCAAGGAUGUAAUUUCCAGCUACCUGGAAACAGGUUAAAAGUCUUUUAUUGUGAAUAUUUGUUUCAUCCUGACGUUAGAAAAGUCUUUGAGGAUUCUGGAAAUACUUUCAGAGCAGCUUCCAGGUUUAUAGCUGGGAAUUAUUUAAACUACCUGGAAUAUAAAUAAACCUAAAUAUAUUAAAUUCACUUAAAUUAUAGCUUCUAUUAAUCCGCAAACAUUGAUUGCUUCACUUCCCCUCAUGAAGAAUUUUAGCUGAUUCCAGAUGCUGCGUUUUAUUUUGGAGAUCUUUUUGUAUCUGUUUUACUUUGUAAACGUGAUUUUUUUUUUUUGAGGAGUUCAAAUCUGUUGCAUUCAUACUUUCUGUUUUGUGCUCUUUGCAUAAUAAUUCUCUUAAAUAACGAGAUUUUUCCCCAAAUAAAGUUGAACAUUUGGAAUCCAGCUGAAGCCUGUAGGACCUGCGUUACAGUCAGAUCACAUGAUGUAAUGAUGAACAGAUGUUUGUUGAAGCUGUGAAAGGUUGAAAAU